CCCCAAACCUUGUUGUCACUUGUCACCCGCCUAUUUGUGACCAUUCUAUCUCUCACUCUGAAAAUCUGAAAAACAUUCCUCUGAUCUACAACUGUUUCACCAGACACACCCAACUCCCUCUGAAAAAUGCCCAAGUGCUUCAACUUCGCGGCCGCGCGGGAUUGGUUGUACCGCCAGGCCUUCUCCAGGGCGGGUCUCAGGUCCACCACCACGGACCUCGGAGAAGGCACCGUCAUGCACUGCUGGGUCCCCAAGGCGCACAGCCCUUCCAAGCCUAACCUCCUCCUCAUCCACGGCAUCGGAGCCAACGCAAUGUGGCAGUGGGCCGACUUCAUCUCCCCUCUGAUCCCACACUUCAACCUCUACGUACCGGACCUGGUCUUCUACGGGGACUCCUACACGGUCCGGCCCGAGCGCUCCGAGGCCUUCCAGGCCAGGUGCGUGAUGGGCGUGAUGGAGGCCCAGGGGGUGUUGAUCAAGACCAUGAGCGUGGCGGGGAUCAGCUACGGCGGCUUCGUGGCGUACAGCAUGGCGGCGCAGUUUAGGGAUCGCGUGGAACGGGUGGUGCUGUGCUGCGCUGGGGUGUGCAUGGAGGAGAAGGACAUGGAGGAGGGGCUUUUCCAGGUAAAGAGCGUGGACGAGGCCGUCAGCAUUCUGUUGCCGCAGACACCUGAGAUGGUGAAGCAGCUCAUGCGCCUCACGUUCGUCAAGGCCAACUACAAGGGCAUCCCCUCUUGCUUUCUUAGCGAUUUCAUCGAUAUGAUGUGUACUUACUAUAAAGAGAAGAAAGAUCUGAUAGAAGCAUUGCACAAGGAUAGAAAAUUGUCUGAUCUUCCCAAGAUAACUCAGCCUGCACUACUGAUCUGGGGAGAACAGGACCAAGUAUUCCCUCUCGAAUUGGCGUACAGAUUAGAAAGGCAUGUGGGUGAGAAAGCACAACUAGUAAUCCUAAAGAAUGCAGGACAUGCAAUCAACAUUGAGAAACCCAAAGAGAUGUUGAAGCACAUGAAGUCCUUCUUCGUUGAUCCACUUCCUUCACCUAAGCAAGUGAACCGCAGCAAUGGCCGAAAGGGGGACUGAAAGGCCUACCACAAAAUAUGGAGAGAAUUCAGGAGAUGAGAUGGCCCCUACAUCUUUGUCAAAGUGUGAUUGUGUUGCAUGUGUGGUAUGGAUGACAUGGAUGCUAUGAGCAACAUUUAAAGCUCUGUUUGCUAUAA